CUCCACUUCGAAUGCCAACCCAGUCACCUGUUACCCGAUAAGAAGAUAAAUAGCCGAUGAGCCUCUGAUGUGUCUGACCUGAUUAGUUUGAGAGGAGCAACAGAAGAAACCAGAAGUAAGAACCGUUUUUCCUAACCGUUUUUCCCGCGCUUUUAUGAAAAGACAGGUAACGAAAAACACCCAAAGUUAGAUGGCUCUGCCUUUCUGGAUAUUUGGCCUGGAAAAUAGGCUAUCUACUGGUUUUGAUUGACAGAGGAUGGGAAAGGAAAACGCGUCCUUGAAACGAAGAUGAUGUGUUAGACUACAAAAUUUGGAGAUUUUCCGGUUCAUAGUAUCCAUCUUCUCUUCUUGAUUGGAGACAAAGCCAGCAACCAAGAACUUACAUCCAUUAGGGUUGAGGGAUGGCAUCUUGUUCAUGGAACCAAACUGUGUGUUCCUGGUCAGAGAUUGUUUGAUGUGCAAUCACUGACAUUGCAAGAUCAUGGCAUUGUCUUGACUUCUUCGUUUUGUUUCUCCAAGGAUAAGCGGAAAAAUUUAAGAAUUUUCUUCUGUCAGCUUUGCUGAUACACACACACACUUGCUUUACUCCAUUUUUCAAGUGCAGAAGCACCAAUUCAACAAGCGCAUCAACUUUGCAGGCGCGGCCAAAUUAAUUGCUUGGUUCGGCCAAAAUGACAACCAAAGUGAAAGGUCUUUUGAGAGGUCUAAGAUACAUUUCACAAAUAUUUGAUGAAAAGGAACAAGAAAUGCAAAUUGGAUUUCCUACAGAUGUAAAGCAUGUUGCUCACAUUGGAUGCGAUGGUCCAUCUGAAAUAAAUGCACCUAGCUGGAUGAAUGACUUUAACUCUCCUCCAGAACUUUUAUGUAUGACUUCAAAUUCUAAAGAAGAAGUGAAGAGCCUUUCAACAGAUCCACCCGCAGAAGACACAAUUCAGACUGAAAAGCCGAGGCAUAGGUCAAGGCGCUCAUCAGGCAGUGCUAGCUCACUUCUAAAUUCCCCAGACCGAAGGAGCACCGACUCAUCAAGGAAUUCCAGGCACCAAGCAUCUAGCGGUGCGGGUUCACCUUUAAAUUCCCCCCGCGGCACUGAUGCGCCAAAGAGUUAUAGGCGUCACCGCUCUUCUAACAAGUCAAUGGACUCUCCAAAAGGAGAAACAUCAGGGACCAACCGAAUCUCAAGACGGCAAAAGAACUCAAGUCUUGGUGCUGAAUCGCCUAAUCAUGACCAGCCCUCCAUCCCAAAACAUUCUCGUGCAAGAAAGUCCAAAGGAUCGCCAGGCAGUGGGUCAUCGAAAUCAAAGGAAAAGAAGUCUUCAAAAGAAGCGGUUCCUUUCUCAGAUCCUGGAUCUGGGGGUUGUGAAUCUAUAAAUGGAAGGAAGAACAUUGCAAGCCAACUAAGCUCUGUUUUGGAAGCCUAUGAAGAGGAGGGAUGAAAGCAAUGCA